AUUUGCUUAGACUACUCACGCGUACAGUUAGCUAGUAGUUUCAAAGCAGCACGCUAGAAGAGCACUGAGAGAGAGAGAGAGGGAGAGAGAGAGAGAGAGAGCAGGUUAGUUCGUCAUGGAUAAUAUUAAAGAAGGCUGGUUCACUGAGACGUGCACGUUAUGGCCUGGUCAAGCCAUGAGUCUCCAGGUGGAGGAGGUUCUGUAUCAGAAGAAAUCCAAAUUUCAGGAUGUGAUGGUGUUUAAAAGUAAGACCUACGGUAACGUCCUGGUGUUGGAUGGCGUGAUCCAGUGUACGGAGCGAGACGAAUUUUCCUACCAAGAAAUGAUCGCCAACCUCCCGCUGUGCAGCCACCCUUGCCCUAAGAAGGUUCUGAUUAUCGGCGGAGGAGACGGCGGGGUGCUCAGGGAAGUCGUGAAGCAUCCGAUGGUGGAGUCUGUAGUCCAGUGUGAGAUCGAUGAGGAUGUCAUUAACGUUUCGAAGAAGUACCUCCCGGGAAUGGCGAAGGGAUUUUUCAGCCCCAAGCUGACUCUGAAUGUAGGAGAUGGUUUCGAGUUCAUGAAGAAGAAUCAGGACGCUUUCGACAUCAUCAUUACCGAUUCCUCAGACCCUGUCGGUCCAGCGGAAAGCCUGUUCAAGGAAUCUUACUACCAGCUCAUGAAAACGGCGCUGCGCGAGGGUGGAAUACUUUGCUGUCAAGGAGAGUGUCAGUGGCUUCACUUGGAGCUCAUCAAAGAAAUGCGCACCUUCUGCAAGUCACUCUUCCCUGUAGUGGACUACGCUUACUGCACCAUCCCCACGUACCCCAGCGGCCAGAUCGGCUUCAUGCUCUGCAGUAAAAACCCGGACACGGAUUUCCGUGAGCCGGCACGGGAGUUGGCGAGAGAUGAGAUCGAGAGCAUGGACCUCAAAUAUUAUAACCCUGAAAUCCACCGAGCUUCUUUUAUUCUACCUGAAUUUGCCAGAAAGGUCCUAAGUGAAGUGUAACUGGAUUCUCGGCUGCCAUCUUGUCUUGACGCUGCUUUGUGAAAUCAGGGCGAAGCCGUUAGUGCAACUGCUGUGUGUUUGUGUUUGAAAGAGUGUGUGUGCACGAGUGUGUACCAGCGCGCUCUCUCUCUCUCUCUCUCUCUCUCUCUCUCUCUCUGGCAAGAAAAGGGAAUUGAUGUGCUUUUUUGCACAGCUUUCACUCCAGUCUCCUGAAAACUAACUGUUGUUUUUUUUUUGUUUUUGUUCCUUUCUGUACAUGAUUUAGUGUUCAGUGUCCCACAUGACGUACAAGCAAGUGCCAGAAAUUUCUCAUCAUACAUGUUAUGCGACAUAGGAUGCGACGGUCCUGACGAGGUCAAUGCAAACGUUGUCUUAUUUUGUGUUACAUUCCACUACGGCUCUGUCCUGUGUGUUUUGUCCCCUUCCUCUGAAACAUCGAUCAAACUGAAGAUGCAGCGUUCGAGUUCGGUGACCGUGCUUUGUUUAAGGGUUUUGAGUAAAAAUUGAGAAAUUUUGGGUUGAUGCUUAAUUACAAUUAAAUACAAUUAAAGUCAAGUUACAAAUAAAUAACCAAUACUGAUGUUUUCUAGACAGUUCAAACUUCAUCUGUAAUCCCUCUCCUUGUCCUAAAACGCUAAAUACGCUGCCGUGUUUUACUUCUCUACUCUAACGGUGCAGUCGACUUGGAUAGGAAGAAAAUAUUUUAUAUAAAACUUUGACUUGUGCUGUAUCGAUAUGGGCGGCGUGCUCGUAAUGUAAUCGCCGUAUAACUUCUCGGCUUUAGGUAACGAUUUCAGAAAGAACGUUUACUCUGUAGACUGAAAAUCGUGACUCGUGUUCUGUUGUGCUGAUGCGACAUGUGGUUUUAGGUUCCAAACCGUGUCCACUGAGAGGUCCAUCAAGUUAUAUCAUUAUGAUCGUUUUUUAAAUGUUCAGCAAUUAGCAGUUUAAAUGAAAGGCCAUCUUCACGUUCCAGGUGUUUUGCUAUGAGCAGGGACGUAACUGUUCUUUGUCCAUAAGCUUGUAUCUAUAAAUGUAAUUUUGCUAAAUCUGUAACUUGAUUUCAAAUAAAAGAUUUACAACACAUAA